CUCCUACUAACCUACCUCUGAGACAUGGAAAAUUGUAUGAUUCAUCAAUGCCAGUCCACAACGACGUCAGCAAUUUCGCCAAUUUCAAGGAAUGGAUGAGAACAAUGGUAGGGCUCACCCUCUCACUCUUAUCCUUGAUUGUCGAACUCGAUGGAACUCAACAUACCUGAUGUUGGAACGAGCUUAUGCACUCCGCCACUACAUCCGACAAUUCAUUAUUCACUCUGCUGAAGACAUAUCAGUCCUUGGCCUUGAUAAUCAUGAAUGGCGACAUGUUGAGUAUUUGCUCCAAUUGCUUUCUGACUUCUUCUUAUACACCAAGAGUCUCUCAAAACACACCGGUGCAACAAUCCAUAAGGUAUGCCAGUUUAACUGCAGUUUGAUUCUUGCUUGCUCAUAUAACCCUAGGUGUAUCGAAUCUAUGAUGCUCUGUUCAACCACCUUGAGGAUUCCAUCAACACCUGGGAUCAAAGAGAGCAGCAUGGAAAAAGGCAAUCUACCAAGGUCUGGUAGCUGCAAAGCAAAAACUUCAGCAAUACUAUCAGAAGACUUAUGGCUUUCAUGGCAUUAUUUAUUAGACCUGGACAUGGGUACCCAUUUGGGUACAGGUCUCGUACCCAUACCCAAGUUCCAUUUACCCAUACCCAAGGGUAUGUUUAUACCCAAGUCUGCACAAUUUUUCCGCAUAAAAAUCCUUAGUCACUAGCAUGUAUUUUUCUCGGUUCCUAUCCCGUCACAACGUCAAUGAUUAUCAUACAAUCUAAUAAUCUAUCUCUUUCAUACCUACCAUCUAUAAUAUAACAAGAAGAGACCUAUUAUAUGAAAGCCUACAGCGUAAAUUAGGUGGAUAUUGAUUUCAAAGCAUUUCUGAUCAGUGGAAGUCAGUUGAUUUAGAAUGUGGUCUUUUCAUUGCAUACUCAGGUGGAAUAUAUAUUUUCUACACUAUGGAUAGCACCACCAUACUUCUGCUUAAAGCUCAUUAUAAACUUGAUUUAUCUUGAGAAAAAUGAGAAAAUUCUGUCAGUGUCGAGGAUCAUAGUAGUAAUUAUAUAAUUUGUGGAUAACCUGC